AUGCGCACCUUACCCCCCGCCUUCCUUCCAGUUUCCGUCCAACAACCAGUAGUCCUCCCAGAAAACCGACCCAAGUUCAUCCCCAUUCACCAAUACCCCACGCAACCACCCACUCCACGAGCCACACCCGCCAUAAACACAGCCCGGGUCAUAAACGAGUCCGUAGCCCAGCUGAUCACUCAGUGUGAACGAACCGAAGGCUCUUUGCUUGCCCAAAUCUCCUACGUCGCACUUCAUGGCAUCAUCGCCAACGAGGGUCAACAAGCUCAAGACCUAGAGCAAGUGAUAUUUUGGAUCAACGACUUCGUCCUAGGAGCCAAGCAUCGGUUCGAUGAGAUCCGGGCUCUUGUGGUGUCGGGCCUUUGUGCUGCCGUGAAUAACUCAAACGGCAACGCCAAGGCCUCAGCCAAAAACCUGUGUGCCCAAUCAUUUCAACAUAUGAAGAAACUCUACCUGUCCCUCUUAGAACGCUUAAUCAUGGGCCUUCUCAAAAUCUUGGUCCCUUUGUUCACCUUCCACAAGGACAUGGACACCACAGAAGCGUUGCUGAUGCUUCGCAUUGAGGGGUGUAAGCGGGGAUGGAUCCCCUUCCUGACGGAGGUGUUGAGGGUUGGAAAGGAUGGGGCCGCGUGCGAGUAUCUUCGCACCCAUGCUCAGAACCGGGGGUUGUGGAAUUUUUGGAGUUUGGUGGUGACGGGGAAUCGGUGGGCAAUUGAUGCAAUUGCGGAUGCGAGGAGUAUCGAUAACGGGCUUAGCACCUCUAGCAUAAAGGUUUAUUUGAUGCCUAUGGGGUGGGAUGGGAAGAGGUGGGAAGGGUUGAUGUCUGAGGUCACCAACCAGAAGCUUGCGUGGUUUCCUGAACGUGGUGUCUAUUGGAUGAUCUGGGAAAUGGAGAUGCUAAUGAGGUUUCUUUCACCGGCAAGUGGAGGAAGUGGAAGUCGAAGUAGCCAGCAUCCGGGUGGCUGCAACAACAACCACAGCAACAGCAACCACAGCAACAUCCACCCUCCUCCUUGGUCCAACCCUCCUCCUUGGUCCAACUCGUAUCAGAUGAACCCCAUGGCGAACGCUGGCAACUACGGCCAACAACCGCAGCAGUAUGUAAAUGGCUAUGGGUAUGCGUACGCUUCGCCUCCGGGCCCACCGCCGAACGGGUACAACCCCCCUCCCUCUCCGGCCGAUGGCUACGGCGGUUCAAGUGGAUGUAGAUGUGGAUGUGGUGCCAAAUACGGAUGUGGACGUGCAAGUGGAAGUGGAAGUCGGAAACGACCUCGAGAGGAUGCGUACGCUCCGCCUCAAGGAUCGCCGCUGAACCCGAACAGGUGCAAACCCCCUCACGCUCCGCCCGAUCGCUACGACGGCCCAAGUGAAAACGGAAGUGGACGUCGGAAAAGGCAACGAAGAUAG